AUGAGACAGGAAAAUCGAUACCUGGAGGAAAGGAGUUUCACACAAUUAAAACGAUCCCUCACAAUGGGUGUGUUGCCACUUGCCUACCUGCUUAUACAACUGGCAAAAAGUGAUGCGGCAAAAUUGGUUGAUUUUGGAACAGAAAAUCAACGGAGCAGGACCGGUUUUAUUGUGGCCAUUUCACUGUGUGGCGCAACGCACAUCCUACUGAUAGGCAUCUGGUGUGUGGCCUACUGUCGCAGAAAAAAGCUAUCACUGCUGACCUACAAAUCCAAAACGACCGGAAAGAAGCAAAGGAAGUCAGAGAGACUGGCGGAAGAGAACCUACUCAUGACGUUGAAAAGGUUAAAACGGCGACAACAAAGCACAGGAAAUAUGAAAAAAGAAAUCACCCGAAGUCUGCGCACACACGGGGCGCAGUUCUUUAUACGACAUCGCGACGGCGGAACGUUCACCGCGAGACUCGACUUUCUUGUUGACAUGGCCUACUUCUUUAGGCAAAUGAAUCACAACGAAGACAGCCAAAUUCCACACAAGGGGGUCUCGAUUUAUCGAUGA